UUUCUUCCUCCUCUUUCUUCAAACGCAGACACUGACCAUUAUUCUCAGUUUCUCACCUCCAAAUCAUUCACUCCAUUUAUCUUCAAAUUAUAAAAUCAAAUCGCUAAAACGGAUUCAAAUUGAUUCAUUGGAUGCAAGUCAUGCAACCCCCUUUGGAUUUUGUCUGCGAGAUCCCAAUUCCCUUUCUGUUUCCUUUUCUCCUCAUCUUCAGGUUUUGAUUCCGGCGAGAAUUUGAGUUGGGUUUUCCUUUAUCCCUCAACUGCUUCUGUUAAUUCGAUGGAGGAACACGAACAGGCAUGCCCUCUCAUCUCUUUCUGAAUCUUCUUUCCCUUUUUUCAUCUUCUUCUCCAGAUCUGCAAGUCAAGUUUCAGCGGCUAGGGUUUUGAAUUCUUAAUACCGACGAAGGUCUCUGUGAGUUCAAUUUGGUAUGGAUGUUCAAGUGAUUAAUGUAGGAGCAGUAGGGCAUAGUGGAACGGGAGACGAAGGCGACGCCCAAGGUAGUGGAGGUGGAGAAGUGAACAAUGGGGAGAAUCCUCGGGCUCACGACGAGGAGGGGGAGAUUCCUGAGCCCUAUGUGGGCAUGGAGUUUCAUUCCGAGGAGGCUGCCAGGAAUUUGUAUGAGGAGUACGCCAGAAGGCUGGGGUUUAGCUCCAGAGUAGGCCAGUCUAGUCGGUCUAACCCCGAUGGAGCUACCACUGCUCGGGAGUUUGUGUGUGGGAAAGAGGGUGUGAAGAGGAGACAUGGUGAUGGUUGCGACGCCAUGCUUAGGAUAGAGUCGAGGGGUGGUAAUAGAUGGGUUUCGACCAAGUUUGUUAAGGAGCAUAGUCAUGCAUUAACGAGUCCUGGAGUGCAUUAUAUCCGGCCUCGGCGCCAUUUUGCUGGAGCUGCCAAGAAUGUGGCGGAAGCGUAUCAGGGGGUGGGCAUUGUUCCCAGUGGUGUAAUGUAUGUCUCCAUGGAUGGGAGCCGUGCAACUUUAGAGAAGAACCGUCCAAUUAGGAGUGCUUCAUCUGCAGAAGCAAAUCGGCAAGUCAAGAGUACUGCUCCAGUAACUCCUGUUCGGCCUCCUAGUCGAAGGAGGACAUUAGGCAAGGACGCUCAGAAUCUGCUCGAGUAUUUCAAGAAAAUGCAGGCUGAAAACCCUGGUUUCUUUUAUGCGAUACAACUUGAUGAAGAUAAUCGCAUGGGUAACGUGUUUUGGUCAGAUGCAAGGUCACGGGCAGCUUACUCUCAUUUUGGUGAUACUGUUACGCUUGAUACUACAUACAGAGUAAACCAGUACAGAGUGCCAUUUGCGCCCUUUUCUGAAGUGAACCAUCAUGGUCAGACAAUCUUGUUUGGUUGUGCAUUACUUCUAGAUGAGUCAGAGGCAUCUUUUAGUUGGUUACUCAAGACAUUCCUUACUGCGAUGAAUGAUCGCCGACCUGUAUCUAUUACCACUGAUCAAGACAGAGCCAUACAGACUGCAGUUUCUCAGGUGUUUCCAGAAGUUCGCCAUUGCAUAAGCAAGUGGCAUGUUCUGAGAGAAGGCCAGGAAAGGUUGGCUCACGUAUGUCAUGCACAUCCAAAUUUUCAGGUGGACCUUUAUAAUUGUAUCAACUUGACUGAAACGAUCGAGGAGUUUGAAUUGUCUUGGGAUUGUGUCCUUGAAAAGUAUGAUCUCAGGAGAAAUGAUUGGCUUCAAUCUUUAUAUAGUGCUCGUGCUCAAUGGGUGCCCGUGUAUUUCCGGGAUUCCUUUUUCGCUGCCAUAUCUCCUAAUCAAGGGUAUGAGGCUUCCUUCUUUGAAGGUUAUGUGAAUCAGCAGACCACAUUACCAAUGUUCUUUAGGCAGUAUGAAAGAGCAUUGGAGAACUGGUUUGAAAGGGAAGUAGAAGCUGACUUCGAUACAAUCUGCACUACUCCAGUAUUGAGAACACCAUCGCCCAUGGAAAAACAAGCGGCCAAUCUGUAUACAAGAAAAAUUUUUGCGAAAUUUCAGGAAGAGCUUGUUGAAACAUUUGUGUACACGGCAAAUAGAAUUGAAGGUGAUGGAGCUAUCAGCACAUUCAGAGUUGCAAAAUUUGAGGAUGACCACAAGGCCUACAUUGUUACAUUAAACUAUCCUGAGACGAGAGCCAACUGUAGUUGUCAAUUGUUUGAGUAUUCGGGUAUCCUUUGUAGACAUAUUUUAACAGUCUUUACAGUGACAAAUGUGCUUACACUACCUUCCCAUUAUAUUUUGAAACGUUGGACAAGAAAUGCAAAGAAUGGAACUGGCCUAGAUGAACGUAGUGGUGAGUUGCGUGACCAAGAGUCUCUGACAUUACGGUAUAACAAUCUCUGUCGGGAAGCCAUUAAAUAUGCAGAGGAUGGGGCAACUACUAUAGAAACUUUUAAUUCAGCAAUGGCUGCUCUUCGAGAUGGUGGGAAGAAGGUGUCUGUUGUGAGGAGAAACGUAGCCAAAGUUACACCUCCCACCUCUCACCUUACUGGGACUGGCUACGAGGACAAGAACAACUCUACAUCAAAUUCAGAUAUGACCCCUUUGUUGUGGCCACGCCAAGAUGAAGUUAUGAAGCGGUUUAAUCUUAAUGAUGCUGGUGGACCAGCACAAGCUGUUUCUGAUUUGAAUUUGCCACGAAUGGCCCCGGUGUCCCUUCUACGGGAUGAUGGUACACCUGAGAAUAUGGUGGUACUUCCGCAACUUAAGUCAAUGACUUGGGUUAUGGAGAACAAGAAUUCAGCACCAGGAAAUAGAGUAGCUGUCAUCAACCUGAAGUUGCAAGAUUAUAGCAGGAUUCCAUCAGCAGAAUUAGAGGUUAAGUUUCAGCUCUCGAGGAUUUCAUUGGAGCCAAUGUUGAGGUCUAUGGCCUACAUUAGUGACCAGCUCUCAAUUCCAGCUAAUAAGGUUGCUGUUAUAAAUUUAAAGCUUCAAGACACAGAGACUACUACAGGGGAGUCGGAAGUUAAGUUUCAAGUGUCGAGGGAUACAUUAGGUGCCAUGCUACGAUCAAUGGCUUAUAUCCGCGAGCAGCUUUCAACCGCCGCGGAUGUCCACUUUGAGCCCCAACCUAAAAAACAACGGAAGUAAAGAUGUCAAGUCUUUGUACUUCCCAUAUUGUACCACAUGGUGUACCUCCACGCCUAAAAGUGACGGCUUAGCAAAUGCAGGAUGCUCAUAGUUCCACAUUUAAAUGCAUAGUCCUCUGUUCCCUUAUGUGUAAGCUUGUUGAGUUAAAUUGUUGACAAUUUGUACAUGUGUUGAAUCCAAUUUGAGAAUCUAAAGCAUCGUAGAGACUUCAUAGGUGCAAUGUGGUCAAGAAUCUAGGUGAUCGCAGAGUUUACUUUAUUCAUGAUUUACGAAAAUUGGCAGGUUUGCUUGUGAAAGUUGAA